AUGACUUGCCUCAGGCUCAUCGCGCUGGUCACAGUUUUUGUUCUGCUGGCCUCUGCAGAAGACCAGAACUACUCCUUCAGUUCUCUGGUGGGAUCCGGAAGUGGAACUCCGUACAGGAUCGAGGGAGAUGAGCGAGUCACUGGAGUUCGAGUCUGGAGUCAGUCUAGCUACAUCUCCUCGAUCCAGUUGAGGUACGGGUAUAUCUGGGCCGAGCGUGCGGGCCUACAUAGCGGCACAAUGCAGGAGUUCCUUUUGUUUGACGACGAGGCCUUAGUCCAGAUCUCGGGGAAGUACUCGCACUACAUCCACUCGCUGGUGUUUGUCACCAGCAGGGGGCGCUCCCUGAUGGUCAUGGGAAACCCCUCAGGGGAGUCCUUCAACAUGUAUCCAGAGCAUGAACAGGCCGAGCUGCGCUUCCUCAGUGGAACCUAUCACGCGUAUCUGACCGGGAUCAGCGCUCACUGGGCAGAGUUCCAUGAAUCCAGAAACGAAGACACCAUGUGA